AUGGCUUCUGAUGGGAACCAGAGUAGUGAGUGGGUAACAGAGUUUGUCCUGGAAGGGUUUCCCAAUCUCAACGGCACCAGAGUGGAACUGUUUUCUGUGUUUAUUCUCAUUUAUUUCCUGACUCUGACAGGCAAUGUGUUGAUUGUGGGAGUGGUAAGAGCUGACAUUCGCCUACAGACCCCCAUGUACUUCUUUCUGGGUAACCUGUCCUGGCUAGAGAUUCUGCUCACAUCUGUCAUCAUUCCCAAGAUGCUGAGCAAUUUUCUCUCAAGGCAACACACUAUUUCCUUUGCUGCAUGUAUUGCCCAAUUCUAUUUCUACUUCUUUCUUGGGGCCUCUGAGUUCCUACUGUUGGCUGUCAUGUCUGUGGAUCGCUACCUGGCCAUCUGUCAUCCUCUGCGCUACCCCUUGCUCAUGAGUGGGGCUAUGUGCUUCCGUGUGGCCUUGGUCUGCUGGGUGGGGAGGUUUGUCCCUGUGCUUGGUCCUACGGUGGCUGUGGCUUUGCUCCCUUUCUGUAAGCAGGGUGCUGUGGUGCGGCACUUCUUCUGUGACAGUGGUCCACUGCUGCACCUGGCAUGUACCAACACCAAAAAGCUGGAGGAAACCGACUUUGUCCUGGCAUCUCUUGUCAUUGUAUCCUCACUGAUGAUUAUUGCUGCGUCCUAUGGCCACAUAGUCCUGGUUGUCCUGCGCAUGCCCUCUGCUUCAGGCCGUCAGAAGGCCUUUUCUACCCGUACCUCCCACUUGAUGGUGGUGACCCUCUUCUAUGGAAGUGCUAUUUUUCUCUAUGUGUGGCCAUCACAGAGUGGCUCUGUGGACAAUAACUGGGCUGUGACAGUAGUAACAACAUUUGUGACACCACUGCUGAAUCCAUUCAUCUAUGCCUUGCGCAAUGAGCAGGUCAAGGAAGCUUUGAAGGACAUGUUUAGAAAGGUGGUGGCAGACUUUCUCCUUGAUAAGCAUCUCAGUAAGAAAACAGUAAGGUGA